GUCAUCAAAUUUAUAUAGGUUACUUCCGGGUGAAAAUGGCUGCUGGUGAAGAACUUCUUGUACUAAUAGACAGGGAGAUUCCCGAUGGUCGAAAAAGUCUUCAAGAAAGCUACGUAAACCUUGAAAAUGUUGCCCAGUACUGCGAAAACAAUUAUCUUAAAUCUAUCAAGACAGGAGCAACAGCUCAAGCCUUACAGGAAACCAAGAAUUACACCACACACUCACUGGCUAGUGUUGCCUAUCAGAUCAACAACCUGGCUACCAACUUUCUCAAGUUAUUAGAUCUACAACAGAGCCAACUAACAGAUAUGGAGUCAAGUGUGAAUCACUUAAAUCAGAUUGUUAUGAUUCACAAAGAGAAAGUAGCCCGGAGAGAAAUAGGUGUGCUAACAGCCGGUAGAAGUGUGCCACGUCCUCUUGGGAUGAAGAACGGCAUAGUUUAUCCUGAACAAACAGAACGUCCUAUUAAGUACAAUAGAAAGCCGAUUGAUUACACUAUACUUGACGAUGUCGGUCAUGGUGUUAGGCAACAAGCUAAUACCCCCCGCACAGCAAGGAGCCCUUCGGUCAGUAGCACUCAUAGCAACAACAGUGCCACGAUUCCCACUCAGCCUCCUAAUAGUAAGCCACCGACUCCGCCAGCUGUCAGAAACAGUGGGACAAUAGGAAGGAAACUGCCACAGCAGUAUGGAACACCAGUGGUACCAGUACCUCCAGCAGCACAGCCGUUUCCUCCACAGGGUAAUUUUCCACAGCAGCCUCAUCCUGGCAGGCCGUCUGUGUCUUCAGGGAAUUCUUAUUCCCCUAAUAACAUGCUGGUUAUGGGCCAACUUCACUCACCUUCUAUGCCACCGGGGAUGGGCUAUAAUCCAUCCCUAAACAGCACUCAUCAUAAUAUGACACGCCCUGCAAACCCUUCUUUAACACAUCCUGAGGCAAAGGCCGCUUAUGCUCGUAGUUCUACUUCUAGUCGUGGACAGAGUUGGAUUGACACAGCACCUUUGCCCCCACCUCCAUCGGAUGAGGAUUUCCCCGCAGUUCCUCCCUUGAAUGAGAUGGAAGCUCCAAGUCUCCCUGCUCCUCCCAUGGAUGACAUGAAUCAGUUUGAUUAUCCAGCAGCACCACCUCAAGACUUCAGCGAUGUCAGGGGGCCACCUAGUGCCAGGCCCAACAGAAUGGUGGGCAGCGAGCCUGAGGUCACCUACGCUUCAACACCAGGCAAUGAUGACCCUUAUGCAGCCACUGGUCCCCAGCUUUUAUCGCAGCAGUCCUGGAUACCCAAGCAUUAUUUAGAGAAAGUGGUUGCUAUUUAUGAUUAUCAAGCUAAUAAAUCGGAUGAACUGUCUUUUGCCGAGAAUGCAGUGAUAUAUGUUAUACAUAAAAACGAUGACGGCUGGUGGGAAGGAGUUAUGGAUGGUCAAACAGGAUUGUUUCCUUAUAACUAUGUGGAACCGUGCAUGUAAAUAAGCAUCCAAAUUGUACAAUUUGAUAAUCAUUUUAUUUCUGAGGGAAAAUAAUGGCUUCCAUUGAUCUUCAUUUGCACCCAACGCUCCGUUCAUUCAAGAAGACUGUAUAGAUCCAACACUGUAUCCCUUCAACAACACUGUAUCCAAUACUGCAUCCAUCCCACAAGCCUGAAUUUACAUCUACACUGCGUUCUUUUAAUUAUAUCUUAAUCAAAAUCUUGGCCCUUGUUGCCUUUAAUCUCUGCUUGCUAAAUUUGACCCUUUGCAGUCUUAGAAGACAUUAUCUCACUUGCUCAUGGCUCACUUUGGGGCAAUUUACUCUUGGGAGUUGCUCAACACUCUCCACUUUGCUUGACUUUCUUUGUUAGUUCUUGUUGAAGUUUUAUACUUUGUAAUAUUUUGUUCAUAUUGUACUUUAAGCACCUGUAUAUAAACAUUCUGUAUAGUGUGUGAAAGUGCCAUGAAGAAAGUUGGAGGCUGCUAUUUAGAGUGUGUGGGACGGGAGGUGUAUAGGAGACUGCUACUGUGGGGUGGAAGGUGUGUAGGAGGCUGCUACUGUGGGACGAGAGGUGUGUAGGAGACUGCUAUUGUGGGAUGGGAGGGAGGUGUGGAGAAGGAGUCUGUGAAUGUGCUGCUUGAAUUUACAUAAGUAAUAAAUGUUUGUUUUGAUUUUGUUUUAAUCUGUACAGUGACACUUUAAGUGGGUUUAGGUUUCUGGAGUUCUGCAGAGCAUUGUAACAUAAUAAGAAUAUGACAAUCAGUGUCCAGUGUUUUUUUUCCAAUGUUUAACAGACCCACAAAGCUGUAGUUUGGGAAUCAGCAGAUUUAGUUUGGAAACCUUGAUCUUUCCUUAGAAUACCAUACAAAUUUAAAACUGAAUGCAAAUGUCACUAGGAUAUUUUUUUUUUUUUUUUACUGGAAACUGCACAAAGAAUAUUUCAAAACAUUUUUCAAAUAAUUGAUACUUUAGUACUACACCAUAGUUUUAUCAAAAACUAUGAACCUUUUUUUUUUUAAAUCUUCUAUUAUUUUUUUUUUAAAGAUGUAGUCAGCAUUUUGAUACUAUCAAAACUCCUUAUCUAGUACUCGGUUUGCAUCCGCCAUUCAUGCCGCUAGUCUACAUUGUCUUAUUUUAAACCCUAUUUCUAAUUGUCUAUAUUGCAAUGACAAAAAAAACAACAAACUUAUGUUUGCUCAGAAUGGUAACUAAUCAACUUGAUUAGCAGUUUAACUUUUUGCUUGUGUAUCAAAACACUUAUCUUAUCUUAUAUAAUACAGACGUUACUUCAAAAAAGAAGAUGAUUACGUCCUACGCGUCAUGCAUAUGAACCAAUGACUUAAAUUCUGCCAAGUCACUUCAGCCCAAGUGAAAUACCGCCUUAGGUUUCAUCUAGUAUUUCAGUCAUGCUAUAUUUUUUUUAUAAUAGUUUUAUAUUCAAUGAAUUAGUUCAAGGCUCUACAAAGCAGUUAAGUAUAUGAUUACUGGGCUGUUUAUUUUGUAUUUAAUUUUGUGUACAUUAUCUGCUUACAUUACCUGUGACCUUUUUUUUUAAAAAAAAAAUGUUUCAAUUAUGAUGCAAUAUUCUUUUAUUCACCGAGUAGAAUCGAUCUAUUCCUUCUGCCAUUUCUAUUUUGAAUGCUUGGUUUUGUCUGCUAUUUAUUUAUUUUUGUAAAUGUUUUAUUGGUUCUAUUGACUGAACCUUCACAUGUCUAAUGUUCUGUUAACUAAUACAUUUGUAAAUACCCGUAUACAAUACAAUACCCGUCAGAUCUGAUUGCAAUUGGACACCAGUCAGAUAUAGCAUUACACCAUCCAUAUAACAUUUAUAAUAUUUAUUAAAGAGCAUGGUGAUCUUUCUUUAAUUUUUUUCUUAUUAAAUGCACAUUUUUCAAGUUUAGCUACUCCAUCAGAUGUUGAACUGUCCCAUCUUAAAGCUACUGAGUGGUACAUUGUAUACAUUGACAGAUUUUUAUGUUAAUAUAUAUAUAUAUAUAUAUAUAUAUAUAUGAAUGUCGCAUGUUCCUGAAAAUGUACCUUUAAUGGGUUUAAUCUUAAGUUCUUCUGGGUUACCCACUGGUAUGAUGAGAGAGGUAGGGCAUGUUUGAAAUCAGUCAAAAUCCUUGAUAUUAGAAUGUGCUAUCCUUUACUGUCCUUUGAUAUUUCAAAAAUGUUUAAAUGUUCCAUUUAUAGCCUCAGUGCCAGAGUCUGCACUUGACCCUAUUAAUGUGGCGGGAGUGCUUUGUUGUCUAUUCCUUCCAAAGGCAUCAAUACUUAUUUUAUUCAAAUUCCAUAUCCUCCCUUAGUGCUGGCACUGCACUAGUUUAUGUUAAUUGCUUCAAAGGUUUAUAUAGGGUAAGAAAUUUCUACCAGUAUAACUGCAGAGAUUCUGCUAAUAUUUGAGAGAACUCUUUUAGUGUCUUCCUAGAAGUAGACAGCUCAAAGUAACUUGUCUGGCCUAGACUGUUUGUCUUGUCAUGUCUAGCUAUUUUUCUCCAUCUUUUACUUCAAGAAAAUGCUUUGUUGCUUUCAUGUCAUUAACAUUACUUGUGAUCAGAAAAUGUUCAAUAUCUUUUUUUUUUUUUUUAACUUGAAAUUAAAACCAAACUUAUCAUUGAA